AUGUCACUAAAAGAGGUGCACGGUGCAGCGCUCACUGGAAGAGCCACUCAUGGAACCAAAGAGUCAUUUGCAGCUCACGAGUCAGAGUUGGUCGAACUUUGCUCUGGAACGAACGCAGUUAGUUCUUCAUGUAUAGUGCAAAAUCCGAAGUAUGUUCAGAAAUCACACAACGGUAAUGGCAACCUGAGGAGGAUUAAUGGAUUGAGAAUAGAAAUCUAUAAUGUCUAG